GCAAUGCUUCUAGUCGUAUCACGCCAUGAGCGGAUGGCGCCAUUCAAUGUAACAGAAGGGGUUUCAAAGAAGUAUGCAAAAGUCGAGACUUUGAAACCAAUCGCUCAAGGGCGGGCCAAAUAUAAAAAGCCAUCCUUCAUUGACAAACAUUGGUUCUCUUGUUGAAAGGUUCUAUCUCCCAUUCUCUUAUUCCUUCCAACUUGGUCAUGAUGUCGCCCUCGCUAUUGACAUACAUCACCAAACCUCAUUUUGAGCGACAGUCGAGAGACGCACGGCCCCCUCUUGUUCGACAACGUUCAAAAUCCAUUCCAUUUGAUACACCUCGACCUUUUGAAAAAUCCGCAGACGAUUUAUUCCCUGACCAUGUUCUGCUACGUCAACCUGCUGGCCAAGCUCAACCUCAAGUGGACCCAUUGACUACUCCACCUCAACCCGUUUUGGACACACAAUCAUGGGAACGUACUUUGGAAAAGAGCAUUCAGAGCAUCGUGUCCAUCAAGGCUAGUCAUGUGCGCAGCUUUGAUACGGAGACAGCAGGUUCAUACACCGCCACGGGCUUUGUGGUCGAUGCCAAACGAGGUCUGGUGUUAUCAAACAGACACGUUGUCUCACCUGCUCCCAUUGUGGCUCAGGCGGUUCUAGUCAAUUAUGAAGAAGUUGACUUGAAGCCUAUCUACCGUGACCCUGUUCACGACUUUGGUUUUCUUCAAUUCGACCCUACCAAGGUCAAGUUUAUGGACUUGGAGGAGAUUCCCUUAAGUCCUGAGCGGGCAAAGGUGGGCUUGGAUAUCAGGGUGGUAGGAAACGAUGCUGGUGAAAAACUUAGUAUUUUGGCCGGCACAUUGGCCCGUCUGGACAGAAGAGCUCCCUUUUAUGGUACGGGUGAAUACAACGAUUGGAAUACCUUCUACAUACAGGCGGCUUCGGGAACCAGUGGUGGCUCUAGCGGUAGUCCUGUGCUAGACAUUCAUGGACAUGCUGUUGCUUUGAAUGCAGGCGGUGCAAGCAAGGCUUCCUCGAGUUUCUACCUACCUUUGGAUCGCAUCAAACGUGCUCUCCUCUACAUUCAACAAGGAUUAACCGUACCCCGUGGUACUCUGCAAACAGAGUUUGAGCAUAUCCCUUAUGACGAAGCUCACAGACUUGGCUUGCGAAGCAAUGUUGAACAAAAAAUCCGAAAGAAGUUCCCUCAAGAAACCGGACUUUUGGUUGUUCGUCAAUUGUUGAGAAAUGGUCCUGCUGAUGGCAUCUUGAUGUCUGGCGAUAUUCUCCUCUCCUGCAACGGCAAGAUCACAAGCAACUUCAUUGAUCUAUUUGCAGUCAUUGACGAUAACGUGAACGACACUAUCACCUUGACGAUCUCGAGAGCUAGUCAGUUGAUGCAGGUGACCAUCAAAGUUCAAGACCUUCACUCAAUUACCCCAGAUCGUUUCGUUGAAGUCGGUGGUGGUAUUGUCAAUGAGUUAUCCUAUCAACUUGCCAAAUCCUAUGGUAUCCCUGUUGGCGGAGUCUAUGUCGCCUCAGCUGGUCACAUGCUUGCCACAGCGUCUGCUUGGAGAAAAAGUGUGAUCGUGUCAGUCAACAAUGUCCCUACCCCACAUUUGGAUGACUUUAUUAAUGUCAUGAAAACACUACCUGAUGGUUCUCGUGUGCCCAUCAAGUAUUGGACUCUCUCCAAGGCAUACAAGCACAAGAUCAUGUUGAUGCAUGUCGACAAGCACUGGUCUACGUUCAAAAUCGCAAAGAGAAACGAUGUCACUGGAUUAUGGGACUAUCAGGAUAUGCCUAAUACCACUGCCAAAUUUUAUCAGCAGCCUGCCACUGCUAGUUUCCCCGCAUUGGACUCGUCCUUGAGCUUGGCCGAGAUUCUACAGCCAUCCAUUGUUCACAUUGACUUCAAUUUGCCUUUCUUGAUCGAUGGUAUUAGCAACACCCACUACUAUGGCACUGGCAUCAUUCUUUCCACCAAUCCUCCUUUGAUCAUUUGUGACAGAGAUACCGUUCCAAUGGCUGUGGGCGACAUCCACAUCAACUUUGCCAACAGUAUCAGUCUCAACGGAACACUGGAGUUCCUUCAUCCAUUUUACAAUUUCGCCUUGCUCUCCUAUGAUGCUUCUCUGCUUGGCAAAACACCUAUUCGAGCCAUCAAAAUGUCAAAGAAGCAAUUGCGCCAAGGUGACAAUACUACCUUUGUGGGUCUUUCGGGGGAUCAGACUUUGCUGAUGAAGCAUACCGUGGUCUCAUCCACUGGCAGUGUGGGUACUCGAGAAUGCUCACCACCUCGCUGGCGCGCCAUGAAUGUUGAGUCCAUCAAAGUGGACGAUACUAUUUCUAGUCAAGGAGGCGUUUUGGCAGAUGAGACGGAUGGUUCCGUCCAAGCACUUUGGCUCAGCUUCUCCUCGCAAAACGAUAGUGGCAAGGAUGUGCAAUUCAUGUCUGGUCUAUCUGUCGACUUGAUCGAGCCCAUGAUCGAAAAGUACAUGAAUGGUCAUCCUUGUGUUCGUGCAUUGGAUGUAGAGUUCUGGACCAUGGGUGUCUCCAGUGCCCGAGACCUUGGCGUCCCUGCUAAAUGGAUCAAGAAGAUCGAAUCUACAAGCGGGUCCAAGCACCGUUUCUAUUACAUCUUGAACUUGACCGAUGUCCUUAGCCCAUGCGCAUCCAUCCUCAAGGUGGGCGAUGUUAUCCUGCAAAUGAAUGGCGAAGUAGUGACCAACAUGGCCGACAUCAACCGACUUAUGGAUGUCGAAAUGGUGGAAUUGAUUGUCUUCCGUGACACUCAAGAAUUGAAGUUGAAGGUGCCUACCACUCGAUUCGAUGGCAAGGAAACAGACCGUAUCAUUGGCUGGCAAGGUGCAUUGAUCCAAGAGCCUUAUCGUGCUGUGCGUGAACAAGUGUCGAAAGUACCCGGUGGUAUCUACGUGUCAUGCACACUCUAUGGUUCUCCUGCUUCAAGCUCUCUUCGACCCGGUGUUUGGAUCACGGAAGUUCAGGGAAAGCCCGUCACAGACAUUGAUUCCUUCAUCGAAGCCGUCAAAACAAUGCCCACCACUACGUCUUAUACCCCGGUUUCGGAAAGAAGCUCCACUUCCCUUCUUGAACCAUCGACGCCUGGCCUUGGCAACGACGAUGAUGACCUCUUCCGUUCCGUGGAGUCUGACCAUGACGUGGUGGCGGAAGGCUAUGUUAGACUAAAGACAGUGACCCGACAAGAAGUGACUUCCAUUGGGGUCAUGAAGCUUGACAGUCAUUACUGGGGUUUGUGGCAAAUCAACCCUGACCGCUCUUCACCAAGUGGAUGGGUGUGUCAUAACAUAUAGAUGCUGCGUUUCUUUAUUUUCUUUUACUAUUCUGGUUUUUCAAGUUGGUUAUAGAAUUAAUCACUGUAUCAUAUCUUACAGCCCUCAUCCAUGUUUGUCAUUUGUUACUCUAGCAUCCAACGCGAUAAUGUAUGCACAUAUACCACUUUUGUUGUUUAGCUUCUUUCGUAUUUACUUCUUCUACCUUGUCACCAAGCAUGUCUUUUUCUUCCUGUUAUCCAUUUAAUAUCGAGCUUUUUUACUAUGAUUCAACUAAAUUUACGUAUUUUUCACCCAUCCA